UGGCACACAUAUUUUGUGGUGAGAGCUGGCCUGUCCAUUCGUUUUUCUGCUGCAGCCGAUACCACAUGGAGCACCGGUGAGCUACCAACUACACAGACCAGGGUGUUAAGAUGGAGCGGAUAUGUUUGAUCCUCCUGCUGAUGGGUAGGACCACUUCAGUCUUGGCACAGUUUAAUGGAUACAACUGUGAUGCCAACUACCACAGUAGGUUUCCCGCGGAGCGUGACAUCAGCGUGUACUGCGGGGUUCAGACCAUGACCCUGAAGAUUAACUUCUGCCCGGUGCUGUUCUCCGGCUACACCGUUGCAGACCUUGCGCUCAAUGGUCGCCAUGGCGAUACCCACUGCCGGGGCUUCAUUAAUAACAACACGUUCCCCACGGCAGUACUGUUCAGCAUCAGCCUCAGCACACUGGAGGCCUGCGGCAAUAGCCUGGUGGUGACAACGGCCUACGGGGCUAAUGCCUACGGGAACAUGUCGCUGGUGCAGAUUGGUAAUAUCUCAGGGUACAUCGACACUCCAGACCCGCCAUCCAUCAUCAGCUAUCUGCCCGGCCUGCUGUACAAAUUCAGCUGCAGCUACCCCCUGGAAUACCUGGUCAACAACUCACAGCUGGCAUCGUCAUCUGCUGCAAUAUCAGUGAAGGACAGCAAUGGUACCUUUGUGAGCACAUUGAGUAUGAUCCUUUACAAUGACUCAACCUACAACCAACAACUCUCUAUCCCAAUGGCCGGACUGGCUUUGAAAACCCGAGUGUUUUCUGCAGUGAAAGCCACAAACCUGGACAAACGAUGGAAUAUAUUGAUGGACUACUGUUACACCACUCCCUCAGGGAAUCCCAAUGAUGAACUGCGCUACGACCUUUUCUUUGGCUGCCAUAAAGACCCACAGACAACUGUUUUUGAGAAUGGGAAGAGUCAGAUGGGUCGUUUUGCCUUCGAAGUGUUCCGUUUUGUCAAACACAGACACCAGAAGAUGUCCACUGUGUUUCUGCACUGUGUCACCAAGCUGUGUCGGGUAGAUGACUGUGUCCUGCUCAUGCCGAUCUGUGGCCAUCGGCGUAGGAGGGACGUAGAGGAUAGCCUGGAGUCUAGGCCGUCGUCUGGGGAUGCCAUCAUCACUGCUGGACCCAUCAUCACCAGGAUUGAUGAAACUCCAAUGAAUAACUCACAACUCGCUGCAUCGAGUGGCCACUCCCUCCCGUUGAACCCAGUGACCAGUGCUCUGCUGUCAGGUGUGGUCAUUCUGGGCGUGUUCAGUCUGGGCUUCUUCCUGCUCUCGCUCCGCCUCCUCCGCAGACCCCGCCUCCCUACAGCCACACCCUCAGGAGCAUGGAACCCUGGCUUCAAAUAAACCUCUCGUGGGUGUGCUCUCUCUCUCUCUCUCUCUCUCUCUCUCUCUCUCUCUCUCUCUCUCUCUCUCUCUCUCUUUCUCUCUCUCUCUCUCUCUCUCUCUCUCUCUCUCUCUCUCUCAUUAUCUCUGACUCAUUCUCCCCCUCGUUUUUUUAUCCAUCUAACUAUAACUAAUACCUACAGUAUGUAUUUGCACUGUAGCUAAAAUAGGCAGGUGCAGUGUAAUUGGUGUGAAAAUACGAUGCAGAAUGUCAAUAACUUGCAAAUAAACUCACAGUAGACAUAACUGUGAUCUCAAACAAUUAUUCUAGAGUAAGAGGUUUAGCCACAAGCAAUAGUUUCACUAUGUGCCUAUGUACCUACCAAGCAAAUACAUCAAUACAUAAUAGGGACAGUUAUUGUAGAACGGGACCUGUAUUUUCUGAAAGGUUUACUUAGCUACUCUACCUUCCUUGAAUGUGUACUUUACUCUCCAUUUCGCUAACUUACUCUGUCAGCUGUAACAGUCACUGUCAUGCCAAACUCUGUCACACAUUCAUGUGUACAUGUACAUACACAUACUCAAGCGCAUAUUGAUACUGUAAAUAGUUAAUUCCUACUUUGUGUACAGGGGAACAGUAUAUGUUCAAUAAUAAUAAUGUUAUGUACUGUUUUCCUUGUUUUGUUCUGAUCCUUUGAUAGACCCGUGUAUUGUUUUUUUACAGGUAGUGUGUAAUAAAACUGACCCAGGUCAGUAUGUGAGGCUGA